CGCCGGGUACAUUUGCCACUUCUUCUUCCUCCCCAAUCCUUUGUCUCUACGCAUAUAAUCAGCGAUUUCAUUGCUUAUUACAUAAACCAACCCCUCUCUAGCCACCAUGAAGCUCUCCACGAGUGUUUUAGCCGCCCUCGCGGCCACCACCGCCGUGAACGGUCUCUCCCUCCCGCUCUUCAACGAGCAAGUGCCGAUGAAGAUUGACUCCUUCAAAAACCACAUCUCCUCCAGCACUUACCAUGCCUCUACCAUCUUGUUGAACAAGGUCUCUGAGGCUUUCGGGAUCUCUGCUGACGAAAUCACCGACGACAUCAAGUCUUUGUGGUCCGAGAUGACGCUCAAGUUCCCGUCCACCAUCGCCGGCAUGAGCUUGUACUCCCAGCCAAAGAAGUUCACCGCCAAGGCCAAGAGUGCCUAUGACUUCCAUGUUUCCAGCGAAAAGUUGCCAAACCACAAGUUGAGAGUCAAAUCCAAGGGCCCAGAGUCCUUGAAGAUUGACACUGUCAAGCAGUACUCCGGGUACUUGGACGUCGAGGACGAGGACAAGCACUUCUUCUACUGGUUCUUUGAAUCCAGAAAUGACCCAAAGACCGACCCAAUCAUUCUUUGGUUGAACGGUGGCCCUGGCUGCUCCUCCAUGACCGGGUUGUUCUUUGAAUUGGGCCCAUCCUCCAUCAAUGCCAAGAUUGCCCCAGAGUACAAUCCGCACUCCUGGAACUCCAACGCCUCCGUCAUCUUCUUGGACCAGCCUGUCAACGUCGGGUUCUCGUACUCCUCCUCCUCCGUUACCAACACCGUCGCCGCUGGUAAGGACGUCUACGCCUUGUUGACUCUUUUCUUCCAGCAGUUCCCAGAGUAUGCCAAGUUGGACUUCCACAUUUCCGGUGAAUCCUAUGCUGGCCACUACAUCCCAGUGUUUGCCUCCGAGAUCUUGUCCCACGACGACAGAAACUUCAACUUGACCUCCGUGCUCAUCGGUAACGGCUUGACCGACCCUCUCACCCAGUACAGCUACUACGAACCAAUGGCGUGCGGUGACGGUGGUGAACCAUCCGUCUUGCCUGAGGAACAGUGUGACGCCAUGUUGGACUCUAUCCCAAGAUGCUUGAGCUUGAUCGAAUCGUGCUACAACUCCCAGUCCGUGUUCUCCUGUGUGCCAGCUGCUAUCUACUGUAACAACGCCCAGAUGGGCCCUUACCAGAAGACCGGCAGAAAUGUGUACGACAUUAGAUCGAUGUGUGAAGGCUCCAACUUGUGCUACAAGAACUUGGAGUACAUCGACGAAUACUUGAACCAGGAGGUUGUCAUGGAGGCCCUCGGGGUCGAAGUCGACAAGUUCCAGUCCUGCAACUUUGAUGUAAACAGAAACUUUUUGUUUGCCGGUGACUGGAUGAAGCCGUACCACAAGGCCGUUUCCGAGUUAUUGGGGAAGAACGUCCCAGUCUUGAUUUACGCCGGUGACAAGGACUUUAUCUGCAACUGGUUGGGUAACCAAGCCUGGACCAACGUUUUGCCAUGGUCCGGUACCGACGAGUUUGCCAAGGCCGAAAUCAGAUCCUGGGAGGUCAACGGUAAGGCUGCCGGUGAGGUCAAGAACCACGAACACUUCACCUUCUUGAGAGUCUACGGCGCUGGCCACAUGGUUCCAUACAACCAGCCUGAAAACUCCUUGGCCAUGUUGAACUCGUGGUUGAGCGGUGAAUAUGCGUAUUAAACGGUGUGACCGUUGGCCAGUCCCUUUGAAAACUUUUUUUUUUCCCCCUCGGC